UCAACCUGCUGAUGUAACAGAUGUGAAGAGAAGUUAUGAGUUCAAGUGGAUUUGUGGUCGUCCUUCUCUCUGUACAAGUGAUACAGGGUCAGGAUGACUGGGGAGUGACUUACAGCUCUACUGAGAUCUGUGCCUCAAAAGGAUCAACAGUGGAAAUAAACUGCACCUACAGAUACCCAUCAGGAAUAGAUGGUGGCGAUACUGAAGUUAAAGAAACAUUCUGGUUUACUAAACUGAGUGGAAAUCAACCUGUGGAUCUGAGAACCGACUCAGAUUAUCAAGAUCGUGUUGAGUACAGUUGUUAUGAGAAGAGCUGCAGUCUGAGAAUCAGAGACCUGAGAGAGAGCAACUCAGCUGAGUACAAGUUCAGGUUCAGAACAAACCAACCAGAUUGGAGAUAUACUGGUUCACCUGGAGUCACUUUGAGGGUCACAGCUCUGCAGGUGCAGGUGACCAGAAUAACAGUUAAUCAGUAUUAUACCAAGGCAGAGCUGAAGUGUCACAGCAGCUGCAGUCCAGCUGGUCGUCUUUCCUACGUCUGGUUCAAGAAUGGAAAGAAGAUGUUGGGGUUGAAGACAUCAUCUUAUAAAGGCCGAGUUUAUGCUAGAGACAUCAUCUCUUGUGCUUUGGAAGGACAUGAGGAAUCACCCUCUCCUUCAGUGUAUUCUCCAAAGUUCCUUUUUGUGUCAGUGAGUCCCUCUGGUGAGAUAGUGGAGGGCGGUUCAGUGACUCUGACCUGUAGCAGUGAUGCUAACCCAGCAGCUAAUUACACCUGGUACAAGGAAAAUGGAGGUCCAGACCUUCAACCUCUCAGUAAAGAUCCACAGCUUGUCUUCAGCUCCAUCCAGUCCUCUGACUCUGGAGAGUAUUACUGCACAGCUGAGAAUGAGCUGGGGAGGACGUUUAAAUAUGUCUCUAUUAAUGUGACAUAUGCUCCAAGACUUCCCUCUGUGUCAGUUUGUCCCUCUGCUGAGAUAGUGGAGGGCAGUUCACUGAAUCUGACCUGUAGCAGUGAUGCUAACCUCAACUUCAACUCAACAAUGAUAAUAAAUAUCAUCAGGUUGACUCUGGUGCCUUUGAUGCCUAUUCCUCUGCUUCUAUUCCGUCUGUGGAUGAGUAUCAGAAGAAGAAAGUUCUGAGCUCCUCCACUGAACCAAAUGAACCCGUAGAGGCUGUGGAGAUGAUCGGGACACAGUGACAGAACUUCCAUCCAUCCAUCCAUCCAUCCAUCCAUCCAUCUUCUUCCACUUAUCCGGGGCCGGGUCGCGGGGGCAGCUGCCUGAGCAGUGACACCCAGACUUCCCUCUCCCCGGACACUUUGCCUUUCGGCUCAGCUCUCUCUUCACCAUGACAGACAGACACAACGACUGCAUUACUGCAGCUGCUGCCCCAAUCCACCUGUCAUUCUCGCGCUGCAUCCUUCCCUCACUCGUGAACAAGACCUUUAAGAUACUUAAACUCCUCCACUUGAGGCAGGAGCUCUCCCCCAACCCAGCCACCUAGAUAGAACUUACUUUACCAAAGAGUUAUAAUUUGUCUUCACUUUAUAUUUAUGAGGCCUUUGACUCUCAUCUCAUCUUUCCUCAUCAGCUGGAGUCUGAUCCUGAGCAGAAAUUUUGAGAAGCAUGCAGCUUUAAGUUUACCUGUGCCACAAAAUGCUUUUUUAGGUUUAGAUAUAACAAGUUGCCCUUUCAGACCUGCCCUGGUGGAGAAAGCUAAUGCUGGGAACAGAUUAGAUGAUAUUUAUGUCAUACAUGGUAUCAGAUUAAGCAUUCACAGUGGCAUCAAUUUGUGCCGUGUCUUGGUUGGGAGAUGGGCAACACUCGUGAGUGCAGCCCUGAGCAAUCACUGCAAGUUCAUACGUCAUCAGGGAGGUGGGACAGGAAAUUGUCAAUCAUGGCUAACGAAGCUAGCAUAGCUAACAAGCAAGUUAGUCACCUGGUUGCUGUGAGUGCCUCUGCUAUUUCUUAACAACAUUUUUCUUUAUUGAUUCUGUUAUAGUUGUCCCUCGAGGAAACAUCAAAAAGUUGUUAUAGCCUACCACAGGUCUGUUUGUCAUUCCCGAUGUUUAUAAUUGGUUCUGGCCCUGGAAACUUCUUGGCCACGACAAAUCGUGUGAAAAUCUGCCUGAAUUGGUGUAGUCUGAUCCCACCAUAAGAAAAUCACUUUCCAACUGUAAGCAAUAUUUUCACAGCAUUUCACAGCAUUUUAAUAGACUGGAAUCAGACCCAGGUCUUUUAAACUCUGUGGCUGUAAAAUGUUCAAAGUUCUGCAGUGGCUGAUUGAAAUAAACAUCCAGCUUCCAACAGCAACUCUGUAGUUUGAGCAUCAUGUCAGUUCCCUCUCUGUGCUGCAGAGGGCGACAGUGUGCAGAAAGUUUUGGAUUUCAGCUUUAAACUUUUAAACUGAACACUUAUUGUAUUUAGUCUUCAGAAUAAAGGUUUUAUUCAGCAAUAAUGGACACAAAUGAAAUAUGAAUCAGUUUGUUUUCUCUGACUUGUUUCUCACUUUCUCAUUAUUUGUCCAUUAAAGACAGUGAAUGUAAUAAACUUUGAUGAUCGCCCUGAAACUGCAAGGUACUGUUUGAUAUGAUAAAGCUGUCUCGCCUUAACUGAAAAGAAAACACCUUGCACCACAACAUUCACACAGUUUUUG